GUGCGUGUGUGUGUGUGUGUGUAUAUAUAUAUAUAUACAUAUAUACCUAAACCAAAUCCCUGGGUAUUAAUUUCAUAAUUUAAAGACAGGCUCUUACGCAUUAACAUAGCUUUACGUGAACGUUCGUAAAAAUAUGAACGCCCAGUUGAUGAUUUCUAAAUUAUCCUAUUUAUUCGUUCAACCUUUAACCUCGAUAUACAAUUAUUAUUCAAGCGUUAAAUUUCUAUUCAGAUGAGAAAAGUUGGAGCAUGGAAUUCCGGUUUGUAUAUUGGGCGUAUGUACACAUACACACACACACACACAUAUAUAUAUAUAUAUAUAUAUAUAUAUAUAUAUGUACAUUAUAAAACUUGUGUGUCCGUGCCUUGAGGAGGAUCAGACUUGUAAGCGGCCUAGACCUUGCGAGAAGGUGAAAGUCGAGGUCGAGAUUAGUCUCUCGUCUUCGUACUUUCUCAAAAACAUAUAAAUUUUUACGAUAUUCUUAGAGAUCAUUCGUUUCUUUUCUUUUCUUUUCUUUUCUUUUCUUUUCUUUUUCUGUGAUAUUUUCACUAAGACUUCCUUCCUUUCAUAAAAUAUUACCAACGAAGAUCGAUAGAAGAUUUUCGCAUCGUAUAAAAGUAAAUCUCUUGAAAUAGAACGAAGAAAUAGUAUCUAAAUAUAUACAUACAUACAUAUAUAUAUAUAGAGAGAGAGAUAUGUAUAUAUAUAUCGCGAGUAUGUACGAUUCGAAAAGGUUACAACGGAAAUUUUCGCGCAUACUUUGCUGUGGAAAGUUCCAAUUGGGUUGGUAUGGCAGUUCAAGCCGGUAAGUCCAGUUUUCUCGCCUCUAUUCGAUGCAUCCGGAUCGAGUUGAUAUCAAAGUAACGAAGUACUGGACUCCCGUCGUUUCUGUGAACUACGUUAGAUACUAAAGUAGAAUAAGUAUAGAAACUUCUAUAGAACGAGGCUCCUUUCUUCAAAAGAACGAGUCGAUAAUAUCCUUGACAACACCCAACUAUUCAUGGGAAAGAUCUUGACCAAGUGUGAUCAAUAGUACGAUCAAAAGAGAUUGUUUUAAUACUUUCGAAAACAAUUGAUAUAAGUGAUCGUGCUUAUUACAUUUUGUGUUUGGAUCUCGUAUAGCCAAAGUGGGCGAGUCAAACGUGUUGUUCCGAUUGACCUUUAUAUCGGUUACAUUUUAUCUUCCUUGGCCUGGCCAUUUUCCCACGUACACAAUAUAUUUACCAAUAACACAUCCGAGUUCGUGCGAACUUAAUGAACAAGUUACGUUGAGUUUAUAUUUAUUUUCACAAAUAGUAUUUCACAAUAAUAAUAAUGGUGCAUAGGCACACACACUCACACACAUACAUACACACACACACACACACACACACGCAUAUACUACUUUGUAAUGGUAUUUACCUCUUAUUAUUUAAGUCUAUUAUAUAAUUUAUGUUACGAGUUUAGAUGCCUUCCAUAUAUGUACUUGUUAUAUAUUAUAUAUAUAAUAUAUAUAUAAGGAGAGAAGGAAGGAACUUAUAUAUAUAUAUGUUACAGUCUCACUCGGUUACGUUUCAAGCUUUGGACGAUCAUUAUCGUAAUAAGUGAAAUUUCACAUAAAAUUAUUUUUAAUAAUUCGAUUAUUUAUUUCGUAGAAAGAGGACACGAUGAAUUAACGCAAGAGCUUGUUUAACAUAAGAGAAGGAAGAUACUUUUCGCUAUGGAGGAAGAUCUACCCUGACCCACUUCCGGUCAAGUUCAUUGCUCAUCCGCCACGAUGACCUCGACGCGCCUUCCUCGCAUAAUAUGACGCAUACUUUUACAAUGGAAGAAGAAGAAGAAGAAGGAGAAAAAAAAUGAAGAAGAAAAAGAAGAAAGAUGGAAUGCAUUGUAUUUUACGGGCGGGAUAACUUUCACCUGCAAUGAUCUCAACAUUAUUGGUUUUCGAAUAAAAAUCUAUUGUCUUCUACCGAUAAAUUAGCCCUAACCACCCAGCAAGACGAAUGGUAAUUUCCUAUUUCUUUUUCCAGGGCUACACUGUGGCUUCUCAUUCAGAGAACGAAAAUGAAGGAAUCGCUUGAAAGAGAAAGGCCAUGUCGAGAACAGAAUAUAAAGGAAACGUUCAAAAGAGAAAGGCAACGAGCCCGAGAGAUCGUGCGGAGGUGCUGGUCGUUGAUACUACUAUCCACUGGUCUAAUUCUAUGCGUAAGAAUUGGUGGUAUCAGCGGUGAACGAUGGUCACGACAAGUAUCAAAUAACGAUUGGAUUCCAUUGGCAAAUCCAAGAAGUACUUCGAAUCAAAUUAGAACGAGUAACGUUGGAAAUGAAGCAGUUUCAUCGGGAAGUUCUACUCUACCGCAUCUUCCAUCUCUCUCCUUACCCCCAGCACUUCAAGAACAAUAUCAGCAACAACUUUUGCAGUUGCAAAAGACUCAAGAGAAUAUUCAAAAGUUGCUGAUCUUACAGGAACAGCUUAGGACACAGCAACAGUUAUUACAGUCUCAAACGCUUCUACCGAGCAGUUUCGGUAGCCCGGAAAAUGAGAAACGUAUGCUGCAGCAAAAUACGAUACCGAAUUUGCAAGGUAUAUCAGGUUUAAGUUCGGACGUGUUAGUACCACCAUUACCCUCUCCCGAUGCUCUUCCGCCCAUUUAUUCUGCUCAAAACUUCCUCUCGCAAGGAUUACAGCGGUUUCAUCAGCCAGUAAAGGGUAAUCAGAAUUUAAACGUUAAAAACGAAGAAUUUGGAAACUUGCAUAAUAGCAAAAGUCAAGUCUAUAGCGAAGGUCAUGAGGAUAGAUUGAGAGAAGAACAAAGUCCGGAUCAAUUGAGUCAAGUUGAUAUUCGUGAAAACAUUAAAGAUUUUGUCGAGAAGCAAGAAAAAUAUCGGCCAACUGGAAAACAAGUGAAAGGUCAAACGGCACAUGGUAUUUCGGGCUUACCUGAAAAUGUAGAGAAUGAAAACGAGGAGGUCCAACUAGUCUACGUUCCUCUAGAAACGCUAGCUCAACAAAGGGGUCAACCUAAGAGAUUACGAGGACAAAAGCAAUAUCCUUUCCGUCAGCAACAGCAUCAGGAGCAACAGCAGCAAUAUCGAAUAAACGAUGGUGUUGAGCAAACAACAAAAGAGCCAGAUGCUUUCGCUCGAGAUUUGUUGGACCAGUUGGAGUUCGUGAAGGAGGAAAGAUCGAAGGAGAUCACUCGAAUGGAAGAUGUGAAGAAAGCGUUGGAGAGGAAGGCUCAGCUCGAGCAAGAAAUUCUGCAGAAGGAACAGGAAUUGGCAAGACAGAGAGAAGAGGAGAGAAGGAGAAAAGAACUCGAAAAACUUGAGGAAAUAGCGAAGCAACGAGAACUCGAGAGACUUCGAGAGGCGAGAGAAAAGCAGAGAUUGGAAGAACUCGAAAGACGAAGAAUCGCGGAAGCUCGAGCGAAGGAAGAGAAACGACGACAAGAGGAAGAAGCUAGGCAAAGAGAGAACGAAAGGCUUGCUGCAUUGGAAAAACAAAAACAAUUGGAUAUUCAACGUGCCUUGGAGGAACAAAGAAAAUUAGAAGAACAGAGACAGGUGGAAGCGAGCACGGUUACUCCGAAUAUUAAUCAAAAUCAACCGGACACUCAAACUCUUCCUUUGGUACGUAACAAACAGUUACAACGACAACAUGUCACAGAAACCUCGAAUAAGGUAAAACAUAGAAGUCGCGUUAGACAACCACGUCCAAGAAUCAAUCAGCAAUUACCGACUACAACCCCACCACCAUCGCCCAAUCAACCUCCUCUUUCCGUUUACAUGGGUGGUGAUAGCAUGGCACCAGAGAGAGUCAAAAUUUCGGAUGUUUUAAGGAUUCUCAAAGAUGCAAAAACAAUCGCAGUUUUAGACACGGUUGUACCUAAUACACCUAAAGUAUUUGUAGGACCAACAAAUCUAGAUCCACCGUUUGGUUACACAAAGUUUGAUCUCCCGUACUUAUCGUCGAUCGACCAUAAUCGAGUUGAAAGAAAAGUUGACAAGUUACCUUUCUUCGUGGCACCGCUUAGCUUCGAUCCACCACCAGGAUAUUCUAAAAUCCCAUUCCCAGCUCCUCAUAUCGGAUCCGUCGUCGUGAAUACAAUCGAUGCUUCAGCUCCCGAACCCGAUACACCAGAAACUAUUCAUAAUUUUAGCCCGACACCUCUUAUAGAACCAAACUCUUACAUCGAUGGGACUGGAAGUGAUUUGAGUCGGAUAGAUCCCACCACACUAGGCUAUGAACAUUCAACCACUGCUGGUUAUACUCAAGAAUUGUCCAGUACACCAAAAUAUGAUACUUCGUAUUCCACGAUAUCAACACCUAGUGGUUCUAGAUUCCGAUUUAGGCAAUCCUACGGAGAUAAUAAUCCUCCUUCCGUAAUCGACACUAUUUACCAAGGUGAGCCAUCACUCCCGAUUGGAAAAGCCAAACAAAAGACAUAUUAUGAUGAAGAUUCCAGACAUGUAGUUCCUACUUUGGCACAUGACACUAGAUUGGGUAUCACUGGGACUGGUUAUCAAGAGGAAGCAAUUUAUUCGAGUACACCGAAUUAUCCAGAACAGUCAUCGAGGACAUUGGAUGAUCCGUCGACGAAAGAACAAGAUUUAGCCGCACAAUUAGCAUUGAUUAAUCGAGAACUUGCCCAACAAAGAAAUGCUAACAAUAACAAAAACAACAACAACAACAACAACAAAGAUUCUUUUGUCGAAAAUCAUAAUACGUAUACGCAAUCAAAUCCUCAUUUCAUUAAUUCUCUCCAAUCUCUAGUUUCCUCGAAUGAUGCUAAUGAAGUAAGAGGUCCAACGCAAUAUAAUUUACCUGCUGAGUUACCGAUUUCACCCCAUCUACCUGGGUUGGUUAAUUCUUUGCUUGAGAAGCAAACAGCGAUUCCAACUACUACAACGACAGAAGUUGUAACAACACCAGCGAUUAUAACGACUACGACUACGACUACCACACCCAGGCCACCCUCGACCACUUAUAGGCCACGUUCGCGUCAUAGAAGUAGGAUAGUACCCACACGACCCACAACCACCACAACUCCUGGUACUAGAACGUCCGAUAGAUCUAGAAGACCCUACAGUAGAACAAGAAGUGGAUCCAGGUACACAACGACUACCGAAUCGUAUAACGAUUCACCGGUUUACGAACCUACCAAGUCGAAACAUUCCGAAACUACACAGAAGUAUAACUAUAUAGAUCAUCAUAAAAGGCCAAGAGGUCAAAAACAUAGGAAUAACGAUAAGACGGCUUAUCAAUCCGAGGCCUACGAUCAAAAUUACAAUAUUCAAGCUCAUCAAGCUGCAAUUUAUGAGCAUAGUGCUCCCGAUGGAUCGAUCACGUCCACACCGACUGAUUCAUAUUCACAAUCAGGCACACCCUCGCAUAAUUCUAAACAACAAGAAUCAAGUAUACCCACCUCAAAUUUGAACGCUUUCUCUCAAGAGAAUUAUCCAUCGACCAUCGUUGGCUCUACUGAGAAUUAUCCACCUCCCCGUGAAACUACACCGAAUUACAACACGCCGGUUGCAACGGAAGACUAUUCUAAGGGACAAAAUUAUCCUCAGAAUUAUCCCCAAGAUGCUAACUAUCCUACCGCCUAUGGAAGUCAACUCGAUGAAUUGGAUCAAACCGUUCUUGAGAAAGCGCCAGUCAAUGGAUUUAAUUACCAAGCUCAGAACAGCGAGGCUCGCAAUCAACCGACCGUUCAGAAAUCUAAGGACUAUACCGCUUAUUACGCUGAGAAACUCGAGAAUACAGAUUUUGGUUUAAGCGGUACUUCGGAAAAUCCAAGAAGUAAGAUCGAUGAGACAGCCCAACAAUAUUCUCCUCCGUACGAAGUAGCACAGGUUCAAUCCCACUUGAAUUAUCCUCCAACUGGUGAGCAUGGUAACUUUGGACAAGUCGAAGAUAGAAAGGUAGAUGGAAGUAGCGUUGUAGCGGAUCCAAGCGAAGAACCAAUUUUCAUCCCGCUUCCACCAGAGAAGCAAGAAGUUUAUGAUUUGUUAGCGCCACCGACAGAAGAACCAUUAACCACGAUGACAACGCAAACUAGUACGACAACGGAAGCAACUCCAGUUGUAAUACGACAACGUGUUCGUGGUCGUGUUGGUACCCGAACGCAUUCCGAUUCGGUCGUGCAAACUCGUCCAAGAGGUUCGCAAGACGAAUUCGUGCGUUUUAGCGCUGUCAAUCAACAAGAUGCUCCACGAUCGUCCGGUCAUCGUCAUAGAACGAAAUCGAGAUCGCGUCCACAAAGCCAAGUUAAAACGAGUGGUUAUGAGUAUGUGAAGAUUCAGGCUGGUUCGCAAAGACAACGAUCUCUUGUACAACAAACCACACCGUCUACGACAACGAGUACGACGACAACAACAACAACAACUACAACAACAACGCCGAGGACUACAACCACCACAACUACCGAACAACCCUUGGAAGAAGAUAUCGAUUAUGGUUUUAUAAGACCUCCUAGCUUCCGACCAGUGCAUCCGGUGGACAAUCGAUUCCAUGCACCACCUGUUACUUUCAAGCCAAUACUGCCACAAAUAAACAAUUUACCGAUACAACAACAACAACAACAACAACAACAACCUUCUGCCAGUGCUCAAGAGACCGAGAUAGAGUACAAUCCACCUCCGAGUCAUUCUUUAAAGAAUCGUCCGAAAUAUCAUACAACGAAUCGACGGCCAUCGAUUAAAUCAACGAUUUUACCAAUUACGACGCCGAUUAUUACGACUACAACAGAAAAUAUACCGCAGGCCACGAUAAAUCCCGAUAAUUCGGUGUACACAGUAAGACCAAACUACAAACCAGAAGAUAUAAAACAAAGUCGAACUCGUACCAGGACUCGUCGUCCUGGAAGAAAACGUCUCACGACGACCAGCACAACGGAGUCUAGUUAUGAUGUGAAUAACGAAGUACCAUUGGAAGGAAAUUAUCCACGUGUACUUCCGGCACUUCCGGAAACAGUCGGGGAGCAGCAGACUCUUUACGAUGAAAAUUUCGAUAGCCUAUCCCAAUUUGGUGAAACUUAUAAUCAACCAGAUCAAUCUUAUAAAUCAAUUACGGAAAACUAUCCACCGCAGGACUUUGUAUUGAACUUUGGAGCGGUAGCUCCUCAAACGCAAGUACAACAAGAGGAAUAUGAUCAAACACAAUUGGGAAGUAAUUCUCCUCAGAAGUACAGUCAUUCAACGAAUUUAAAAUCAACGACCUUAAGUGACACACAUUUAAUGCCUGCUGACAUUUACGGAGCCGAGAGUCAAUGGUCUACCAAAUUAUCUCGUACCUCUUUUCAACCAAGUUUCGCGGCUAAUUAUGCUACUGGUGGAUUCAAUGAGGAACGUACAAAACAGGAGAACAUUAGAGAAAUCACUGAUAUUAUAACGGUUCGUCCAGAGAAUUCAUUAACGUUCGUAGUUUCUUCCGAAUUGAAGAAUAGCGAUGGAAUGAAAUUGAUGAUGGACGAGGAAGAAUCUAUGUCAAAGGGUACUACGGUGUUUGGACAAAAAAUGACAAUGCGCGAUCACACGGAGAGUCCAAUGAAACGUCAACAAAAAGUAAGCUCGUUCGAAAAUUACGAUGAUGAGAGAUGGCGAUCGAAGGAAGAAAAUUUGUCGAAAGAAUCGACGGAGAAGGAAGACGAUGAAAAAAUAUUAAAGAAAAAUAGCGAUCCUGUUGGAGUUAGAAAGACUAACAGAAGGAAAAGAGUACGAGUCCGAGUAAGACCAAUCAUCGAUGAUUUUGUUACGGCCGAAUCUCAACAUAUCAACGCCGCCGUUAACAGUCUAAUGCAAGAUCAAUACAAAUAUAAUCCGAUUCGUCAGAGAAAGUUUUCCGUGAAUAAGUCAAGUAUUACGAGAUCAACCGAUGACGGAUCGCGACGAUUCGUUUUAGAAGAUUUUCUAGAGGAAAUGUUUAAAAACGAUGACGUAUCCUUACCCAUACUGGCAACAUCAACUAGUACGGUAUUACCUUCGAACGUUUGGCUAACAUCAACACCAAUGACAUCUCCGUAUGAAGAAGAAGAAACAAUGAAUUACAAAUUUUUACGUACUACAACUAAUAUACCUACGACUAUGCCAGAGGAAUUAGAAAGAACACUUGACCCCGAAGAAACUUUAAAAACCACCACUCAGUAUUACGGUACACGCAUUAAUUCCAAAGAUUCGAUCACAAGAGAGUCUACGGAGAACAUUAAAAUACCGACUACUCAGGAAACUGGAACAAUCAUCACCACUGAUUUUAGUAAUUCCCAAACGACUCUAAACGAUCUAAACUCCAUCGAUAUCUCUUUAGAAACCACACCGAUCGUAGAAAAAUCUGAAAUAACGACGAUUAAAACGAUCGAUACGACGACGGAAAAUUUUCCCAUCGUCGAAAGUACAAAGACCGAAGAAUCAAAGGACAACGACGAUAUUUCCUAUCCGAAGAAUCACCGAGCUAAAUGGAGCGAAGUGAGAUAUCCAUCAGAUUCUUCGAUAGCCUUGAAUCAUUCACUCUUUUCCACUUGGAAUUACGAUAAAAACGGGAAAAUAAGUGAUUGGAAUAAAAUCUCGAAGAAGGACAUAGGGAAUAAAGAGGAUAACAAUACCGAAGUUAAAAUUCUUACGGAUUAUGUUCAAAAUGUAUUUGACGAUUUGAAGGAAAAUAGAGAAAAUAAGAAGAGAUCCAAUGAGAGAUCCAUGAACAAUGAGAAAAAUAAUAAGAUCGGUUCCUUGGAGAAUUCAAGGGAGGACAACGAGGUUAAGACGAAUUCCCCAUUGGAAACGAGUUCUAUCAGUGUUAGAAAAGAUACGACUCAAGCCGAAGAUAAUUCAUCGACAAAAUUGGAACAAGAGGAAACACCAACGACAAUCGCAAUGCAAAACGUUGAAGACGAGAGUUCGUCUACGUCGGAAUAUCAUUCGAAUCCAACGGUGAUUUUAGACACCGAAAUACACGAUAUAUUGUCCAAAGAUGAAUCUAUGGUGACGGUGACACCAACGAGUUUAUCAACGACGACGACAACAAUGACGACGACGACGACAUUACCAACGACAUCGGAAUACAAUACAAUUAGUGAACACAACACGACGGAAACGAUACUCGGUAAAGUGCUGAGAACGUCGACGACGACUAAAGUCUCUCACAUGACCGAGAUUUGCUAUAGAGGAAGAUGUGUAAUGACCAAACCAGAGCGUGAAAUUCGUUUGAGAUGAAAGAAGUCGAAGAAAGGAUCUUUGAGAAAAUUAAAUAAUAAAACUUCGUUUUCGAUUCGACGUAGGUUUUUCAUUGCGAAGUUCAACGAAUGCAGAAACGCCCUGUUUUACAAUAAGGAAUGCAUUCGAUGGACAUCGCAAUAAAUGUUUCGUAUUUAUUUGAAAACGUAGAAAAGAAGCUUGCUUUCAUCGAGGCCGAAGCCACUUUUCUCGGUUGCCGAAGAGAUAUAGAAACGACAAUGAAGAAAACAUAAGCAAGAAAAUGUAAAGCCGUAGGAAUUUACAAUAAUCUCGUGAAUGCGAUUAAAUUUUUAAAAGCGAAGAUAGAUGAAGAAUUUCGAUAUGUCUACGACGAAUUUUUUGCUCGUGGAAUAUUUAACGGCGAGUUGCCACCGAUGAUUGAACGAUGAAAAAUACAUCAUGUAAAAAUGUAUAAAGGAUUUAGUUUAUUAUAUUCGUCAGGAUCCUGCGAACGUCUCUGUAUUAAAUAUUUUCAUAUUUGACAGAAGGAUAGGUAGU